AUGUUGUCCGCACACCGAAGGUUCUGUGACUGUUCCAUACAGGCCACCGCUGAUAUCCAUCUAUUCCGAGGAGACACGGAACCGGCGCUGCGUCUGCUACAGGAGGUGGUCAGCUUGUGCCGGGACUCCGGGGACAUCGAGGACCAGGUCGAUGCGCAGAUCCGCAUCGCGCGGCUUUGGGUGCUACGCAGUGAGGCAGAUGAGGCAGAGACAUCCGCCAAGGCCGCGCUGCAGGCAGCCAAGGGCAAUGACUUGGCGGAAGCACAGGCCUCUCUGGGCAUGGCCAGAGUUCUCAUGGCCAAGAAGGACCUACCUGGUGCCAAGGCGCAAGCUGCAAAUGCGGAGAAGCUCUUCAAGACAUGUGGCCAUCGAUCGGGGGAGCUGACCGCCCUGUCACUGACCUGGUCUGCCAUGCUGGAAGAGGGCGGUGCGGCUCAGAUGGUGCAGGCAGCCAAGAAAGCUGCAGAGGCCUUCAAGGCAGCAGGGGACCAGCAGUGCGCCGCGGAGGCUUACCUGGAAGCCAGCGCUGCCAGCAAAAAACACGGCCAACCGGAGUCUGCAGACACUGCCACCGCGGCCCUGCAGCUUUUCCGCCAGCUUGGCCACACAAGCGGCGAGGUCAAGGCCCUGCACGCUUUGUCCGCAGCCGAGAGGGCCAGGGGCCAAGUGGCCGAGAGCGUCAAAGCGGCAGUUGAUGUGGUCUCACUCUAUCAGCGGAGGGGCGACACCUGCGGCCAGGCAGAAGCCACUUGCGAGCUCGCCAAGGUGCACUUGGGCUUGGGCUUGCUGAAGGAUGCCCUGUCAGAGGUUGGCGAGGCACGGCUGCUCUUCCAGAAGGUGGGCCAGCCGCAGAUCCAAGAAGCAGCCGUUCUGGUUGAAGUCGGUGUGCCGACCCUCAUGGCCAUGGACGAUCCUCCCAAGGCCGUGGCCAUGGCGGAGGACGCUGCGAAGCUUUAUCGCGCCCUCGGUGACAGGAAGGGUGAGGCUGCGGCACUGAGCGCUUGUGCCAAGGUCUGCGUGCAACAAGGUGACAAUGCAGCAGCCUUGCAGGCAGCUCGCCAAGCUGUGGCCGUGCUCUCCAGGGCCCGCCUGGCGCGCGAGGAAGCCGAGGCGAUUCACCUUAUUGCCCGUGUGUACGCGAUCCGUCGAGAACCUCGCGAGGCAGUUUCAUCAGCGGCCCAAGCUCUCAGCCUGCUGCGCAGGCCCGGCGAUGAGGCUGACCGCUCGGACGUGCUGAUGACAGCCUCGUACGCGCACAGCAUGGCCGGGCCCCUCAACAACAUCAAGCGCUAUCUCUCGAGCCCGACCUGUCAGUCUUGGAAGUUGCAGGGCCUGGAGUCCGAGGGGGCCGUCGGGGCGGCUGAGGAGGCAGUAGCACUUUGCCGGCGGAUUGGCGACAAGACGAGGCUGGCAUCCGCACUCCACGCGCUAGCCGAGGCUUUGCUCCUGAAGCGUGACUUCGGCCAGGCGGUCGACACUGCGGAGGAGGCUUUGCAGCUUCCCGGGCUGGAUCCAAUGCUCCAGGCUCACCUGUCGUCCGUGUCGGCCUACGGCAGGCUGGCCUGGUCGCAGGCGAAGAAGAAGGGGCUGAGGGCCAACCCCAAGCAGCUGCUACAGAAAGCCAAGGCAGCAAGCGACAUCCUCCUCGCUUCGGGGGACAGGCGGUUCGAAGCAGAAGCAAAGUUCUUGAUGGCCAAAGCCCAGCUCAAGGCGGACAAUGUGGAAGCUGCAAACAAGGAGGCCAUGGCGGCCUAUGACUUCUACGCCACCUUGCGAGACGGGCAAGGUCUGGGCUGGACCGGGCUCCUCUACUCAUCUUGCCUCUUGAGGUCGCCGGCCAAGAUGAUGACCAGUGGCAUCACCAGCAUCACUUCCAAGGAGGUGGAGAUGCCCCAGUACGACGGCGCAUUGCAGGCAGCGCUGGUGGCGCACAGCACAUUCAGAAGAUGUGGUGAUGAGGAAGGUGUGGAAGCAGCGCUCACGGCGAUCCACGAGAUCCGCUCUUCGAUGGGAGGCUUGUCGUUUAUUCUUGCUGUCCAGCUGCAGACCGGUGACUGCAGUGUAUGCUGCAUUUAUGGCUGCGUUUGGCCGAUGCCACCCGCAUUCUCCUCAGCACCGCCAGUGUCCGUCAACCCAUAUCACGCGAUGCGCUCGGUGGACCUGACUUUUGAAAGCUCAUGGCGCAGAACUGGUGGGCGCCCGCCAAGUUCCGUGGCACGCUCGGAGAUUGUUGUGCUUCUUGGUGCGCAUUUUGGCGCCCGGGACUGUCUUGAAGCCUUUGUGGCUGAAGUGUUCUCAGCCCUCCGUAGAAGGCAAGCGAUCAAAUGCUUCAGCAGCGGCCACUGGGGCACAGGACAAGCGAAAGCCAAGGCUGCAGUGCAGCUCAUGGAGGGAAUGCAGGAGGCGUGCGUUCCCGACCUGGAUCUCGCCUUGCUGCUUGGCGGGCUCUGCCUGGCUCAAGCUGCAAGCGGAUGCUGGGCUGAGGCGCUCUCGUUGUGUUGCAAGCGCUCUGCCGACAUUGCAGAUGAGAUUCUGAAGGACCGGCUUCUCCACGGAUGGUUGGAGGAGGCCAAUGCGUUCACACCUGGCGACGUCGUCCAGUUCACGGGCGCACACUGCGCCCAGCUAACAGGGCUUGUCAUGGGCCCAUCGGCAGAAUUCGGAUCAUGGCAUGUUCGCGUGACAGGCCCUGCCACGGAGGCUGCGGCAGCUCCGGGCCCGUUGGAGGCAGCGACGCCGAUGCCGAAGGCUGUGGAAGUGGCAGGUGAGGUGCUGGAGGUCCGAGAGAGCGAGGCCACCUUGCUCACGUUGCGGCUUUCUGACGAACAGCAGCUGCGGUGGAAGGAGCUGGAGGGGGAGGUGCCAGAACUCUUCCAGAAGAGGAUGAACUCGGGCAACGAGGUCGUCCUGCAUGCAGAGAAGAUGGACUAUCAGUUGCAGAGAACGCAGCAGGCUGCCCUGCAUGCAGAGAAGACGGACGUUGCAGAUUCGGGACUUCCGCUGGAGCAGACGUUUGCUGCAACUCUGUAUGACUGCAUCCUGGAGCAUCAUCAGAGCUGCGGCACGCAGGCGGAAAUGGUGGUAGAUGUGCUGGGAUGCCGCCCAGCUCUGGAACUUGACGACCCUGUCCGUGCACUGACCGCCAUGAUCAAGGCCUCCCGAGUUUCUGCCAUCUCAGCUUCAAGCGAGCAAGCAACUCUCUGUCUCAAAACUCUCAUUGUUCGAUGCCUGGCCGAAGUGGAGUCUGGCGACGUGGACGUGACGGUCUGUGUAGCUGAGGAAUGUGUGGUCCAGAAGUUCCGGAGGCCCAACCCCUUUGAGGACUACAAGAAUAUUCAGGAUGUGGACGGCCGCUCCCUCGUUCUUGAAGUGAAGCUCCCUGGUCGGACGGAUCGGAGUGUUUCGAGGCCUGUAAUUGAGAAGGCAUGCGACGUGUCACACGCACUGGGGAACAAUGAGGUGAAGAUUUGGGACGGGGUAUGGGCAGGAUUCGGAUUGACUCGUACGGGCUGGAGACCCGGUGGAGGGCGACACGAGAUCAUGUACGACCGCCUCAAACUGUAUGCCAAAAUGUGGCGCCCGACCCUGGAAGUCCUGUCACGGUGCCAGAGGGGUUUGCUGGCCUGCGGCCCAGACACACGAACCGCUGGCUCCAAUGACUUUGCAGAGCAGGGGUCUUUUGCAGUGUUUCUUACAAGUGGUGACGUCAUAUUCUCCGGGAGAGCUGGUCAGGGAGGAGAGGCUGCUCCGGUGCCUUUGGCCUCUGCGCAUCUCACCGUCAUCCUGCCAAAGCUGCGGGUGGGCGAGACGUGUGUUCUGCAGCGGAGCGCGCUCGCGAGCACGCUGACUGGUGUGGAGGCUUCGCUGUCCCCCCGAUGCAAUGAAGCGUUCAUGGAGUGCACGAGCCCUGUGUUCUAUGUGCAGGUGAGCCUCAAGCGAGGGGUUCUCAAGUUUGCCAACGGGGCCGACUCAGCCAACGAUGGACUGCACGUGGUUUGCAGAGAGACGCUGCUCUACGUCUGCUGCUUUCGUUUCAAGAAAGAGUUCAGUGCAAGUCUAGCUAAGUGGCUGAAGCAUGUUAACGCGUGGCCUUGGAGACUGUCGGAGACUAGAGCGCCGCCAUCGGAGACCUUCGACCCCGAGGCGGGAAGGCGCCUCUCAUUCUCGGAGAUCCUGGACGCUUGCAUGCGCAGGUUCUCGGAGCUGCUGGGGCGACGGACUUCGCGGUAUAGUGUAGUGACUUGGCUAGAUGCAUGUCCCGGUGUCGUCCAGUUCCCUCAGGGAAAGCUUCAGCCAGAGCAGCUGAGGCUCGGAUUUCUGAUUUGUCGGUUGCAGUGGCAAGUUUUGGUCUGCACUUCUCUGCUCACCAUGAUGCCAUGGGAGGCCGCAAAUCAUGGGCCCCGUGAGGUGCGCCGCUUUGCGUGCGCCGGUGCAUGGGACUCGUGCUUUCCACUCUUAGACAGGUCUGCUCUUGCGAGUAUUGAGAAUAUGGACAACCGCUUCGACCGGAAAGCAUGGCACAACGUCAAGGCGCUGCUCUGCUCCGAGUGCCGCAGCACGUCACAACGGGGUCGGUUUUGGCCACUUUGCAGUGCCUCAAUUGGAGGGCCUGUAACCUAG